AUGUUUGAUUUAACCAAUAAAUCAGAUUCCUCUGAUAACAUUUCCGAAAAUGACAUCCAGAAUGACACAUUAUUGGACUCAUUCCGGUAUAUAAAUGGUCGAAGAUAUCAUAACAAUAGUGAGGUAAGCUACUUUCUGCCAAAUGAUGAAAACGAAGUAGACCGAUUGAAUUUUCAACAUUCUUUGUUAAAAUAUGCUUGGCAAGGAAAUUAUUCAUCACCGGUGCAAGAACGAUUGGCAGAAGGAAAGGCCAGAGUAUUGGAUGUCGGAAGAUGUGGGACCGGAAAAUGGAUUCUUGAAAUGAGCUGUGACUAUCAAAAUUCUACUUUUAUCGGCUUAGAUAUUUCACCAAUAUUUCCUGACCCUUCAGAAACACCUCAAAACGUUGCAUUUUUACAAUGCAACGUCAAUGAUGGCAUUCCUUUUCCUGAUAACACAUUUGACUUUGUUUUUCAACGGUUUUUCUCAAAAUACGUAACUGCUAAGCAGUGGAAAGAUGUUACUCAAGAAAUAGUGAGAGUGACAAAGCCAGGGGGGUGGAUCGAAUUUUUUGAAGAUGACAUUGAAUAUGAGGAAAUUGACCAUUUUUGUUUGCAAAUUUUGAAUGCAACAAAGAAAGGAAAUCCACAUCCAUCCGCGAUUAUUCCAUCAACUCUUCAGACUAUACCAGAAUUAUCAACCGUUCAUCAUAAAAAAGUUUCAAUCCCAAUAGGUAAAUGGGGAGGAAAACUCGGUGAACUGAUUUCAAAAUUACAUAUAAAGACAUUUCAAAAUUUUGCCUUUAUCAUGACAUCAACAUUAAACAUUUCAAAUGAAACACAUAAUGACAUAUGCGAAGUUGUUGCUCAAGGAUUUGAUAUAAACAAAGUGUCUUCGAUUACGUAUAGAUGGUUUGCACAAAAAAAAAUAACAUAA